CAAUCGCUGUUCAUCUCAUUCCAUCUUUAUUUAUUUCUUUGUUAGCUGAUCAAACCACCUUUCUCUUAUCUUUUACAUGGAUCCUCAGCUGAGUUCUACCACCUACUCCCAUGGCUUUAAGGAAACGUGGAAGCAUACGAUGCUUUUGUCAUUACAAAGCAUUGGUGUAAUUUAUGGUCGCUUGAGUACCGCUCCCUUAUAUGUCUUUGGUUCAAUUCCAAUAAAAGAUCUCAAACCAGAUGAGAGUGCAUAUGAAUACUUCUCCUUUAUCUUCUGGACUCUGACCAUUGUUUCAUUGCUGAAGUAUGCCUUCUUAGUAUUGAGAGCUGAUGAUGAUAGAGAGGGUGGUCCUUUUGCUUUGUACUCAUUAUUAUGCAGGCAUGCAAAAGUUGGACUGCUCCCAAAUGAUACAAGUGCUAAUGAAGUUAUACAGUAUGAUGUGGGAAUUCCUUUCAAAACCAAGCUGAAAUCAAGGGUCAAAUGGGGGAUUGAGAAACACAAACAUAGUCACUACCUUAUUCUGUUCUUGGCACUUUUUGGUUCUUGCAUGGUUAUUGGGGAUGCAGUGCUUACCCCUGCUAUUUCUGUUCUGUCAGCUUCAUCAGGUCUUCAAAGACUAAUUGAGUCCUUAACAUGUAAGGCUUCCUCAACCAAUGAAUUUGUAUCAAAAGAAUUUCCAAGAUAUAUUCCUGUUCCUGUUGCAUGUGCUAUAUUGGUUUGCCUUUUUGCACUUCAGCACUAUGGCAGCCACAAAAUUGGGUUUAUAUUUGCUCCUGUUAUCAUUAUUUGGCUCUUCUUGAUUAGUGGAGUAGGUGUCUAUAAUGUUUUCAAGUAUGAUCGCCAAAUUAUACGUGCAAUCUCUCCAGUAUAUAUGUACAGAUUUAUGAGGAACAACAUUAACAUGGAUAGAUACAGGACAUUGGACAGUGUCAUUCUUUGUGUGGCAGGAUCAGAGGCAAUGUUUGCAGAUCUCGGUCAUUUCUCAAGGAAAUCAAUCAAGACAACAUUUAUCAGCUUGAUUUACCCAGUUCUUAUUUUAUGCUAUGCUGGUCAAGCUGCAUUCAUAUCUCAUUCUGUAUCUCAAAAGAACUUAAAUCAUUGGAAAGAUUUUAAUCAUCUUAGUGAAUCUGUACCUCUACACAUUCGCCAUGUCUUCAUAGUUCUAUCUCUUCUCGCUUCAGCUGUGGGAAGUCAGGCAACCAUAACAGCUUGCUUUUCCAUUAUAAAACAAUGCCUGGCACUUGGUUGUUUUCCCAGAGUAGAAGUCAUUCAUACAUCGAACAAGAUAAAUGGGCAGGUUUACAUUCCUGAUAUCAACUGGCUGUUAAUGGUACUUAGCCUUGGAGUCACCAUAGGCUUCCAUGACACCGCCCAGAUUGGAUAUGCAUUAGGCACGGCCAUUGUUUUAGGAAUGCUGGUCACAACUUGUCUAAUGUCACUUGUAAUUGCUCUGUAUUGGGAAAAGAGCUUGUUUGUGUCUGCAAGCUUUUUAGUGAUCUUUGGAUCCAUUGAGGCCAUGUAUCUAUCAUCAUGCAUCUUGAAUUUUCAUAAGGGAGCAUGGUUUCUUGUUGUCCUUUCAGUAUUUUCAUGGACAAUUAUGCUCGCCUGGCAUUAUGGAACACAGAAAAAGUAUGAAUUUGAUCUACAGAACAAGGUGUCUACUGAAUGGCUUACAGAUCUUAGCCCAGUGCUUGGAGUUUCCAGGGUCCCUGGAAUUGGCUUCAUCUACACAGACAUUGUAACAGGAAUUCCAGCUUUCUUCUCCCAUUUUAUCACCAAUCUCCCUGCAUUCCAUCAGGUCUUGAUCUUUGUCUCCUUCAAAUCUUUGCCAGUGCCAUUUGUCUCUCCUAACAGGCGAUACCUUAUCGGCAGAGUUGGGCCUAAAGAAAAUAAAAUUUUUCGGUGCGUAGUACGUUAUGGUUAUUGUGAUGGUGUCAAGGAUACAGAUGACUUUGAGGAACAGAUUAUUCGCUCUAUUGGAGAGUUCAUAUCUCUAGAAGAAAAUGAUUUAGAGUCCUUGACAUCACCUGAUGGAAGAAUGAUUGUUGUUGGAAAGCUAAUGUCUGCAGGAAAUGCUUCAAGACCUUUGCAGGUAACCUCAAAUAUGGGGAGCACCAGCUUCACAAACAGUGACACUGAGAUCAAUGAACAGGGUGAUUCUUGUGUCAGGAGAAAAAAGGUACAGUUUUUGCUUCCUGCAAAUAGUCCUCAAAUGCAGACAACUGUUAGAGACGAGCUGCAAGAACUAAUUGAUGCAAGGGAGAGUGGCACUGCAUAUUUGCAGGGUCAUUCACAUCUAGCAGUGAGAGAAGGGUCGAGCUUCCUAAAGCAGUUCCUAAUCAUGACCUAUGGUUUCUUAGAUAAAAAUUGCCGAGAGCCACAUAUGGCAUUGAAUAUCCCUCAUGCAGCUCUAGUGGAGGUUAGCAUGGUCUAUGUUGUAUAAUAUUAUUUAACACUGGAUGGACCUUAACAAUAUGUUUGUUUGUUUGGAAUCAUAAUGAAAAUGAAUUUAAAAU